CUCUCUCUCUCUUAUGCUAGCUGAUGGACUCUCUCGCGGCUGAUCUCUCUCCUUACCUGGAUACAUGUCCUCGGUGGGGGCUGAUCUGCUUGGCUUGCCAGAGCACUGGCUCCUCCUAAUCUCUCGUGGUGCCACAGCCUAGUGGCCAAGAGGCAAAAGCAGGAGAAGGGGCGAAUGACUGGUGAACGAAUAAACAAAUUGUUGGGAGCUCGGGAAUGAAACAAAUACUACAACUGGAUGUGACCUUCAGGAGCAGAAAGCAUCAGGAAAGCAAACGAUUUGUCAAACACCACUACUUAUAAUAAAAUUACUGAUCCCUCAUGUACUGGCCUUUGCUAAAGGAAGAAAAGGGGAGUGAAUAGGCAGUGCUGAUAUGAAACAUUCUGGGGAGAAAAUGUCAAUCCUCGAUUAAAAAGAACACCAUCCCAAAUUUUGCUGUGAAUUUAGGAAUUCCCACAGGAUACCAUUGUCCAUCUAGCGCAUCAUACCUCAAUGCAGCGGUUACGCCUGUAUAGUUAGCAGGAAAAAACUGGACAGAUUAAAAACAACAACAUUAACACAAGGUAUUACAGUAUAAAUACGCACAGUUAUCAAGACGUCUAAACAGACACUUAAAUGUCCAAAAUGGAUGACGGGUAUAGAAACAAAGUGAACCAGGAUGACUACCGUUAUCAAGAUGGUAGCUAUGAUGGCUAUGCUCCUAACGAUGGUUAUUAUCAAGGGGGAGAGGAACCUGGUCAAGAGGAAGAAGCCCAAAGUGAUGCCACCGAAGGCCAUGAUGAAGAUGAUGAAGUCUACGAAGGCGAGUACCAGGGCAUCCCUCAUCCGGAUGACAUUGAGCCCAAGAAGAAGAGGAAAUCACAGGGGCUGUCUGAUGAGUUUAGAGACCAUGCUGACCUCAUGGCAGAGAAGAUGGAGGAUGAAGAGCAGCUGGCCCACCAGUAUGAGACCAUCAUUGAGGAGUGUAGCCAUGGACGCUUCCAGUGGAUCCUCUUUAUUGUCCUUGGCUUGGCGCUGAUGGCGGAUGGGGUGGAGGUGUUUGUGGUCGGUUUUGUCCUGCCCAGUGCUGAAAAGGAUAUGUGCUUGUCAAGAUCCAACAAAGGGAUGCUAGGAUUGAUUGUCUACUUGGGCAUGAUGGUGGGGGCUAUUUUAUGGGGUGGCCUGGCAGACAAGCUAGGCCGGAAGCAAUGCCUCGCUCUGUCUCUUUCCAUCAACGCUUCCUUUGGCUUCCUCUCCUCCUUCGUGCAGGGAUACGGAUUCUUUCUCUUCUGUCGCCUUAUCUCUGGUUUUGGGAUUGGAGGGUCCCUCCCUGUUGUCUUUGCCUAUUUUUCUGAAUUUCUAUCCAGAGAGAAGAGAGGAGAGCAUCUGAGCUGGCUCUGUAUGUUUUGGAUGAUUGGUGGCCUUUAUGCUUCUAUCAUGGCCUGGAGCAUCAUUCCACAUUAUGGAUGGGGGUUCAGUAUGGGGACAAACUACCAUUUCCACAGCUGGAGGGUCUUUGUGGUCGUCUGCUCCCUUCCGUGCAUAGCAUCUCUCACUGCCCUAAAGUUCAUGCCGGAAAGCCCACGGUUUUUGUUAGAGCUAGGGAAGCAUGAUGAAGCCUGGAUGAUCCUCAAACAAGUCCAUGACACCAACAUGAGAGCCAAAGGGGAGCCAGAGAGGGUGUUUACGGUGGCCAACAUUAAAACUCCGAAGCAGAUAGAUGAGUUCAUUGAAAUCCAAAGCUCCACAGGGACGUGGUACCAGCGAUUCUUUGUCAGAGCCAUGACUACCUUCAAACAGGUCCUGGAUAACGUCCUGUAUUGUUUGACAGCCCAGUACAGAAUGAAUACGCUUUUCCUGGCAAUCGUGUGGUUUACAAUGGCCUUAAGUUACUAUGGCCUUAUUGUUUGGUUCCCGGAUAUGAUACGGUACUACCAAGAGGAAACAUAUAAAUCUCGGGAGAAAAUCUUUAUCGAGGAAUCGGUGAAGGACAUCACCUUUAAUUUCACUCUGGAGAACCAAGUCCACAAGAAUGGAACGUACAUCAAUGACAAAUUCAUGAAAAUGAAAUUCAGAGAUGUGACGUUUGAGGACUCUGUGUUUGAGGAAUGUUACUUUGAAGAUGUCACAUCCAGUGAGACCUUCUUCAGAAACUGUACCAUUAUAAGAACAGUGUUCUUUAACACAGACCUCUAUGAGCAUAAAUUUAUUGACUGCAAUUUUGUGAAUACUACUUUCAUGAAGCAGAAGACAGGCUGUCAGCUGGAUUUUGAACGAGACAACGAUUUCCUCAUUUACCUUGUCAGCUUCCUGGGCAGCCUCUCCGUGUUGCCCGGCAACAUCAUCUCAGCACUGCUGAUGGACAAAAUUGGGAGGAUCAAGAUGAUUGGAGGUUCCAUGCUGAUCUCCGCCGUGUGCUGUUUCUUCUUGUUUUUUGGCAACAGCGAGUCGGCCAUGAUUGGCUGGCAGUGCCUCUUCUGUGGUACCAGCAUUGCUGCCUGGAAUGCUCUCGAUGUGAUCACUGUGGAACUCUACCCUACUCAUAAAAGAGCCACAGCCUUCGGCAUACUCAACGGCAUCUGCAAAAUCGGGGCCAUUUUGGGAAACUCCAUCUUUGCUUCCUUCGUUGGGAUAACCAAAGUUGUCCCCAUCCUCCUGGCUUCUUCUGCUUUGGUUGCAGGAGGCCUCCUUGCUCUGCGGCUCCCAGAGACGCGGGAUCAAGUCCUGAUGUGAGGGCUGACGGAGUCAGAAAGGAAACGUCGACAGUCAACGAAGAGCCAUGUUUAGAAGAAAAACAAAAUGUCCGCCAAUAUUUCUUCACUGAUACCUCAGCUUCUGGGGAAGGGAGAGUGAAUGAAGCACCCCACAGAGAUAAUGAUGAAACCUUAGUUCUAGGAACAUUGUGUGGUCGGAAUGGAACCCAUACGGCCAGGUUACACACAAACACACUUGAAAUUUGCUCAUUGCUUCAAAGCUAACUCUUUGAAUGAAGGCCCUUCUUCCGGCUGAAUGUGUGGAACAUUUCCAGCACUAACUUAACAACAGCAGCAGCUUCAUGACCAUGCAUGUCUGUGUCGGUAUGUGCAUUUUAGGGAACAGAGCCAACUCUAACAACCAACUGACCCUUCUGAAGCUCAAGUUAAAGACUGGAUGUCUACAUUUCUAUAGCUUUCCAGGAAAUUAGGGGAAAAAAAUUAAAUCAGAUCUCCUUUAUCACCAGUGGCAGCUGGGGCUCUAGAGAGCUCACAGACUAAGAAUAAGGCUAUCUUUUUAGAAUCUCACCACAACAACUGGUGGUGGUGUGUGUUCAGCUUUCUAAAAACCUAAUCUGAGACUUCCUGCACAGUCUCUGUGUUGUUUUUGUUUUUAACAGAGAAAGCCCCUUCUCUGGAUCAAACUUCCGGCUCCUUUCAAAUAACAUUUUUGCUAUCCUUUCUCCACAUAAAAGCAGUCCUUUGGAGGGGUCUUGGAGACCAUCUAAAUCAAUCCCCCUCUCAAGUCACUUUGAUUCAGUAUUCAUUUUGAAAACAAAAAUUGGCCCAUAUGUUCUUUUUCUUCAUUUAAACAUGUUUUGAAUAAACUUUCUAUUCCAUCGACAUCAGAUAGUUCAUGCGACAGAUUAGAAGUGCUUCAGGUAGCCACAAAUAUCAGUUCGGGCAGGAUCUCAUGAGGGAGAAGGUCAAGCUGCACAGUAACGAAAAUGCUUCUUACCUGCUAUGUUGUCCCUCCAGGUAUGCAGUUCUCUCAAUGUUCCAUGCCUGAGCAAUGCGAUUUGCAAAUAAAGGCCAUGUUUCAUUCCCAAUGACCAGCCACAAAUCAAAAACAAGCAAAUUGGUCAGAUGCAGAUUGUUGUAAACUCCUGUGAGGGUAAACAACAAAUCUUUUAUCUUGGAAGGGAGCUCCCCUUCUUAUGAUAUGCUAUCUGUAUCAUCUAGCUACAGGUGACCCAGAAAGAGUGGUGACCAAUGGUUUCAUCUGUUUGAAAGUAUUUCAGAUGCAUUGGUUUGUGGGAGGGCAGGUAUUUCUAUUAUCAGACAGCAUGUGUUGCUAUUAUUCCUGUUGUGGUUGUUUGCCCACCUAGUUUCAUUAGGAUUCUGUUCACCAAACAUCAAAAGAUUCAUGAAACCAAAUAUGUACAUAUCCUGCACUGUAAAUAAGGAGCAAGAUAAUAUUUGAUAAAUGUAGAAUAUAGGAACUGCAGGAAUUUUACCAGUAUUACAGCCAUAUUGAUGAAUGAAACUGGCUGAAUUUCUGAUAGAUUUUUGUCAUACUGGAACCGAGUAAGCAGAGUUUGGAGAGGGUAACCAUUGACUCUGUUUCUUUCCCAGAGAACUAUAUUCAACAAAAAAUGGUUGCAUGGUAUAGCCUGUAUCAGUAUUUUCAACCAGAGGAAAAGUUGCUUCUAUAUUUUAUGAACUGCUGGAUAGCUCAGUAGCUUAGGUCUCUGUCUGUGGAGCAGAGUUCGAUUCCCCACUGGGCCUUC